CACCCGGUAUCUCACCAGUCCAGUCCCAAAAACAAAAAAACCCAAUACAUCAAAAAUGAGCACAGAAGUCCCAGAAGGAGCAGAGCUGAAGCCCAAGGGAGCAAGUGUGAUCCCCAAGGCUAGGAAAUCAGUGAAGAUGAUGAUCCUUCAUUGCAUAAUCAAAUCUACUGCCUCUGUUUUCUGCUCAUCUUCCUCUGGAGCUCCUGCUAACUCUGAAGCACCAAAUGUCACAGAUGGGACGGAAGCAGAGUUGAUGCCCAAGAGAGGAAGUGUGUUCCCCAAGAAGAAGAAGUUAGUGAAGACGAUGAUCCUUGAAUGCAUAAUCAAAUCUACUGCCUCUGUUUUCUGCUCAUCUUCCUCUGGAGCACCAGAUGCCAAGAAGAGUAAGAGUGUAUACCCAUACCUACCAUGACAAUUCCAUU